AUGUCUUAUUCUGAAACAAUGCCCAUGUUUGCUUUCCUGGUUUUUCUCUUUUGGAAAAGCUUUUCACAAAUGCCCACGAGUUCUGUGAAGGCGGAGACGAAUGACAACAUCACCGUGUUCACCCGGAUCUUGGAUGGGCUGCUAGAUGGCUAUGACAACAGGCUCCGGCCGGGGCUGGGAGAGCGCAUCACGCAGGUCCGGACUGAUAUUUACGUGACCAGCUUCGGGCCCGUGUCCGACACAGAGAUGGAGUACACCAUCGACGUGUUCUUCCGGCAAAGCUGGAAGGACGAGCGGCUGCGCUUCAAGGGGCCCAUGCAGCGCCUGCCCCUCAACAACCUGCUGGCCAGCAAGAUCUGGACCCCAGACACGUUCUUCCACAACGGGAAGAAAUCCAUCGCGCACAACAUGACCACCCCCAACAAGCUGCUGCGGCUGGAGGACGACGGCACGCUGCUGUACACCAUGCGCUUGACCAUCUCGGCCGAGUGCCCCAUGCAGCUAGAGGACUUCCCCAUGGACGCCCAUGCCUGCCCCCUGAAAUUCGGCAGCUAUGCGUACCCCAAUUCUGAAGUGGUUUAUGUCUGGACCAAUGGCUCCACCAAGUCUGUGGUGGUGGCAGAAGAUGGCUCCAGAUUGAACCAGUAUCAUCUCAUGGGGCAGACAGUGGGCACAGAGAACAUCAGUACCAGCACAGGUGAAUACACAAUCAUGACGGCUCACUUCCACUUGAAGAGGAAGAUUGGCUACUUUGUCAUCCAGACCUACCUGCCCUGCAUCAUGACGGUGAUCUUAUCCCAGGUGUCCUUUUGGCUCAACCGAGAAUCUGUGCCAGCCAGGACAGUUUUUGGGGUGACCACCGUGCUGACCAUGACGACACUCAGCAUCAGCGCUCGGAACUCCCUGCCCAAAGUGGCCUACGCCACGGCCAUGGACUGGUUCAUCGCCGUGUGCUACGCCUUCGUCUUCUCCGCUCUCAUCGAGUUUGCCACCGUCAACUACUUCACAAAGAGAGGCUGGGCCUGGGACGGCAAGAAAGCCCUGGAAGCAGCCAAGAUCAAGAAAAAGGAACGUGAGCUCAUCCUGAAUAAAUCAACCAAUGCUUUCACCACUGGGAAGAUGAACCACCCCCCAAACAUCCCCAAGGAACAGGUGUCGGCAGGGACCCCCAAUGCCUUGUCCGGUCCUGCAAAACCCCCAGAAGACAAGGCCCCUGACAACAAAAAGACUUACAACAGCAUCAGCAAGAUUGACAAAAUGUCCCGAAUCGUCUUCCCUGUCCUGUUUGGGACGUUUAAUUUAGUUUACUGGGCCACAUAUUUGAAUAGGGAGCCGGUGAUUAAAGGGGCUGUCUCUUCGAAGUAA